AAAAUAUAGUACUAACUUAUUCUCUGCGUUUGGUGGAGCUUUCAGUUCUCGAAAAAGCGCCAAAGAAUUUGGAUCCAGUACUCCAUUAUCUCUCUAUCUCUUUCACUUUCUCUCUCGCUUGAACAAUCUUUGAAGGUUUUUGGAAGGUGACAAUUACAAUCGCAAUGGAUCGUCUGGAAGGUCCUGCUCGUCUCAUGAUAGUUUCAGAUCUUGACCAUACCAUGGUGGAUCAUCAUGAUCCUGAGAACCUUUCUCUGCUCAGAUUUAAUGCUUUAUGGGAAGCACAUUACCGUCAUGAUUCACUACUAGUAUUCUCAACUGGGAGAUCACCCACGCUUUACAAGGAGUUGAGAAUUGAGAAACCCAUGCUGACACCAGAUAUCACUAUAUUGUCUGUUGGAACUGAAAUUACCUAUGGUAAUGCAAUGGUGCCUGAUGAAGGAUGGGUUGAAUAUCUAAGUCAGAAAUGGGACAAGAACAUAGUGAAAGAAGAAACAAGCAAGUUCUCUGAACUCACUCUUCAGUCUGAAACAGAGCAGCGACCACACAAGGUUAGCUUCCACAUUCAGAAAGACAAAGCUCAGGGAGUAAUGAAAUCUCUUGCUGAGCGUCUGGAACAACGAGGGUUGGAUGUUAAAAUAAUAUACAGUGGAGGGGUAGAUUUGGAUAUCUUGCCGCAAGGAGCUGGUAAAGGGCAAGCCCUUGCUUAUCUGCUUAAAAAAAUGAAGGCAGAAGGAAAAUUACCUACCAACACACUUGCCUGUGGAGACUCUGGAAAUGAUGCUGAAUUAUUCAGCAUCCCUGACGUAUAUGGUGUCAUGGUAAGUAAUGCCCAAGAAGAAUUACUUCAGUGGCACGCUGCAAAUGCAAAGGAUAAUCCUAAGGUAAUUCAUGCAACUGAGAGGUGUGCAUCCGGUAUUAUACAAGCUAUUGGACACUUUAACCUUGGUUUGAACGUGUCUCCAAGAGAUGUUAAGGACUUAAAAUCUACACUUCAAAUUUCCGACCCUCGUCAUGAAGUGGUGAAAUUUUUCCUGUCCCUUGAGAAAUGGAGGCGUGCUGAAACAGAACGCUCUGAUCCAUUUUUGUCGGAGCUCAAAGCAAGUUGUCUUCCAUCAUAUACCUUUGUCCAUCCAUCUGGAGUUGUGAAAAAUCUUCUCGAGUUGCCAGACACUUUGCAAAGUUGUUAUGGAGAUAAACAAGGGAAAUCAUAUCGGGUAUGGGUUGACCAAAUUUCAUCAGCGCAGAUUGCUUCGAGCUCUUGGCUGGUGAAUUUUACUAAGUGGGAGCUGAUAGAUGAGAAGCGAAGGGGUUGCGUUUCCACUGUUUUACUGAAUUUAAAGGAACCAAAAUCUUCGGAAGGGUUUGUUUGGCUGCACAUUCAUCAGACUUGGGUGGGCGAAGUAGAAGCAAAGGAUCACACAGAUUGGGUAUGCUAAAAUCUGCUAGAAUUGGCAUCUUUUAUUUAAUUUUAUUAAAGUGUUGAGAAUAAAUGCAGGAACACAAUAUAGUUGUGUCAUACUCUCAUUUUAUAUGCCAUAAUUCCAAAAAUGAUUACCUUGUGUAUUUUGGGAGGUUUUUUCAUCCUUUUCUUAUAAUAUUGUUGUAAUCACAUGAACUUUGUGACUAGAAGAUUAAUGACCUUAA